AUGGUUGCAGGUGUAGGAUAUCAGGUAGGCAAAGAGCGAGCAUAUCAUGUACAUGCCCCCCCCCCCCCCCAAGGUGUAGGAGCCCAUGCCCCAUCCUGUAAGCGGUCUGCGCAGGACUUGCGAUCUGAAGUCGAUGCCAGGCUGGAGCAGGCCACGCGAGCCUCGGCUCGCCGCUCGGCAGCCAUCGAGGACUCGUUGGAGGCCCUGCGGGUCUCAUCGGCUGCUCAGACCAAUGCGCUGCGCACGGAGCUCUCUGCUGCAGUGGAUGCCCUGGCCACUACAGGUCCCAUGGAGGCAGUUACAGUAAUGCAGGCCCACGGUGGAGCUCAGCUGGAGUCCCGCUUUGCAUUGCUGGAGCAGCAGCUGGAGACUUUGAAAGUCUCGGCGGCCACCUCCAGCAUGCGAGCGAACUCCCCACCACGGUCCUCGGCUGCUGACAGAAAAGUGGAGAUGGUGGAGCAGAAGGUCACGCAGUUGGAGGCAAGGCUCAAAGAGCACCGGGGCCAGACUUCAGACCAGCUGCACGAGCUCAAGAGCGCCUUGAGCUCCCAGGAGGUGCUGGCACAAGUGGAGGACCUCCGGGAUCAGAACUCCGAAGCUCUUCGUUCAGCGGCCGCCAACAUUGCAACCCUCGAGGGGUCUGUCGACGCCUGGCGACAGCGCGUGGACCGAGCACUGAAAGAGACUGAACACAGACUGUCGCAGGAGGUCGAAAAGCGCCUGCAACCUGUGCAGGACCGCGUGGUGCAGGACAUGAAAGGCGUGACCGGGGCGCUGGCUGCUGAGGCUGAGAGCUUGCGCGGCAAGCUGGAACAGAGGAUCACGGACGAAUUCCGGCAGAUCUCUGGCCAAAUCCAGUCUGUCCACAGCACUGCGUUGCAGAACCACGAGUCUUUGGGCAGCAACGUCUCUGGGCUGCUACAGCGCCUCGGAGCCGCCGAGAUGUCCCUCGCCGAGGAGCAGAGCCAACGGGAACUGAUCAAGAGGCAGUUGGAGGAGUGCCUGAGCCAGGUGCGCCGUCUUCCACACAAGUCCAGCGACGAUACGCUGCGAGAAGGAGCCGCUGACCUGGGCUCGCCAAGGACGCGCGAGACGGCGCGAGUUUCAGUGCAGCUGGAGGUCCACGACAAGGAGAUGAAGCGAUUGGCGAAAGAGUUUCAGAGCCAGGCAAAAAGCCUGGACCGCCUAUCUGAGCAGCAGCGUCGUCUGGCUCAGGAGCAGGCCACAGAUGUCUCACGCAACGAGUCCUCCCGGCUCGAGGAGCGAAAGGGCACUGAAAAGUCCGAGAAGCGGUUGAAGGCACGCUUGGAAGAGUUGGAGGCCCGUUUGGAAGUGAUCCAGUCUGGCUCACCCAAAGCGAUCGCGAGGCUGGACAGCCAUCGCUUUGACAGAGUGCCGGAGGCCAGCUUGGCAGAGGUUGUCAGAAGCCUCGAGGAACAGAGGGCAGUUCUUGCAGAACAUGAUGCAAGGCAGCAAUCCACGCAGAAGCUGUUCAGCCAGUUGGAGAAGUCCGCGCAGGAUAUCCAGCCCCUUCUGCAGAAGAAGCUCGCCGACCAUGACGUCAGGCUGGAGCAGCAAGCUCAAGACUUGGUGCAGGCGAGGGAUCAAGCUGUGCAGCUUGGGCGCCUGCACACCGAGUUGAAGACCCAAUUGGAAGCACAGAAGGACACGCUGGAGAUCAGAUGCUUGGAAAAGCUUGAGGCCCAAGCCAAGCGGAUGGAAGAGGUUGGCCAGCGACUCCAGCAGUUGGAGGACACAUCCCGCAGCACCCUGCAUCAGGUCAAGCAGGUGCCGGACUUGGAGAAGAGGACUGAUCGCCUGGAAGAUUGGGAGAAGCGGGCACAGCGCGUGGAGCAGCAGCUGACCGACGUCACAGAACUGCUCAGCGCAAGCGAUGCCAAGCUUGGGCAGCAGAGCCGGGAGUUGAAGCGUGAGCUGCUGCAGAUGACGGAGAAGCAGGAGCUCCUGGAACAGCGUCAGGGCGAUCAUGAGCAGAAGAACCAGGUUCUGCAGCAGGACGUGGAGAAUUUGAAAGAGUCGCAUGGGCAGCUUACAAGUAGCUGCAACAGCACCAAAGCCGAGAUCACAAAACAGGCCAAGACCUUGGGCCAGGCUGACAUGCCGGGGAGCGAAAGCGUAGCGCAGCGUAGCCAACGCCUGGAAGCCUCCAUUGCUAGUCUGACUCCUCGGCUCUCUUUCGUGGAGGAGACGGUAAAGGACUUGAUCCAAGAGUUGACCACGAGGCUCCGUGGCUUCGACGGCACGAUCGGAGGGAUGGAGCCUCGCCUCAGUGCGGUCGAGUCUCAGAUGCCGAGGCUGCAAGAGACCCUGAAGAACGUGGCCAUCUUACAAGCAGAUCUGAAGACUGGCGAGGAGACGUCCGCUGCCCGUUUCGAGCGCAUGGAAGGGAACAUGGCCAAACUGGCAGUGGAUGCUGAAAAAGCAGUGGACUUUAGUGACCGGACGCAGGGCUGGGUGGAGAAGAUGGAUGAUAAAGUCCAGCGCUUGGGGAUUAGUGUGGCCAGGCUGGAGGACAGCAGGGCCAACGCAGAGGCAGUUGUCACAAGGACGGAAAGCGACUUUGGCAAGGUGCGCGACCAAUUGGAGACUGCCAGCACUCGGGUGGCUAACUUCGAGUUUCGCCUCACCGCCUUUGACGUGCGCUUGUGCAGCCUUGAGCCUCUUGGAGAUCUGAAUGUGAAGGUCUGCAGCAUUGAGCCACGCCUCGCGAAGCUGGAGCAGCUAGAGCCGAGCUUCACGCGGUUGGAACCAGCCGUCCAGGAGCUUGCAGCCAGAUUCAGUGGCUGUGAGGCCCGCUGCUCGAGCCUGGAGGUCGCCUCUCAGAACAUUAACGCCAGCACUGAGAAUCUCCACUCGGACCACAAGGCCUUGGCACAUCAAGUCGACGACCAACGCAUGAUGCUGGAGGACGUGAAGGCGGAAACGGCUUCGCGCAAGGAAGAGACUCGAAAGCUCAAAUCCGCGACGGACAUCAUGCAGAGGGACCUGGAACAAGCUGGGAGGACUCAGCAGAACGUACAGUCCGACAUCACGGAGCUGCAGCAAAGCCUCGAGCAAGCGCAGCAGCGUCUCAAGACAGAUCUACGGGGCAAUGAAGACCGGCUGAUCGAGAGUAUGCAGGAAGUGGAUGGCCAAGUCACCCGACGCCUUGAGGACACGCGGGUGACGAUGGAUAAGCAGAGCCGCGCCCUGACACUACUGCAGCACAGCAGCAAGGAGUUGGAGCGCACCAUGGAAGGCCUCAAGCGGCAGGUCGAGGACGAGAAGGGUGCAGCCAGCCAGGCCGCCUCGGCAGCGCGCUGCGCGGCGGAAGAGGCGGCCGAGGCGGCCAGUGCCACGGCCGAGGCCUCCAAGGCCCUGCUGUCCGAGCACUCGGAGCGGCAACAGGCUUUGGUGCGGGACUUCGAGACGUGGAGCUCUCAAGCGCAGGAGGAAGCGGCAGGGAAGGUUUUGCAGGCCCACGAGGCCGCCAUCAGCGACUUGCUGAAGACCAUGGACCGGCACCGAUGGCAGACCAAAGAGGAUGCUCUGAAGACGCGGGAGGAGCUGAUGACGGUCAUGAAGAGCAACACCAAGGUCUUCGAUGGAAAGGUGGCAGAGAUCAGGGGUCGCUUGCAGCUCCUUGCGGCCGAAGCCGGCCGCUCCCUGGGAGACCUGAACUUGGAUGUCGAACGCCUGCGCCGAGGAGACUCCCUAUUCCAGGAAAGCACUGUGGAAAGCCCCUCCACCUCGAGCUCCCUGCCGGGUCUCAGAGAGCUUCGGCACGCAGUUUCGGAUGAGAUCCGCCGGCGGGAGCAGGAGCCCCAGCGCAUCUCCGGGAGGCUCAAGGAGUACACCGAGGACAGCACAAUACCAGGGCCCAGCCGAUUGUCCCAGUUCCAGGAGGAGAGUCAGAGCGGCAAGGCCUCCCCCUUCACUGUCUUGGACGGCCUUCGUGGUUGCGAGGCUGCCAUCUCUGCCAUGGACAGGCGCGUGACAAAGCUCGAAGACUGUGUGGAGGACCGCCUGUACGACAUGGUUCGUUUGGACGUGGGCAAGCACGCGGCCAUGCAACAAGGCCACCUCCAUGAGAUGGGCCAGAAGAUGGACAGGCUAGUCCACACCUUGCACACACCCUCAGGACAUGAAAGUGCGACCACUGCCCAGCUAGCGGCGAGCACAGGGCCCUUGGGCAGCCGAGAAAGUUGGCGGCAGCAGUUCCGCUCGGCGCUGAGUGAUUCCACGUACGUCCAGCGUGCACUGAAAACUCACCGCCGCACCGGCGAGCUGGAGGCUCAAGGGUGA